AUACAAUCCUGUUUAUCUAUGAAAUGCAGUUAACAUAUCAGCUGGACCUAUUUCCUGAAUGCAGAGUGACUCUUCUGUUAUUUAAAGAUGUAAAAAAUGCUGGAGACUUGAGAAAAAAGGCCAUGGAAGGCACCAUUGAUGGUGCAUUGAUAAAUCCUUCAGUGAUUGUUGAUCCUUUUCAGAUACUUGUGGCAGCAAAUAAAGCAGUUCACCUCUACAAACUGGGAAAAAUGAAGACGAGAACUCUGUCUACUGAAAUUAUUUUCAACCUUUCCCCAAACAACAAUAUUUCAGAGGCUUUGAAAAAAUUUGGUAUCUCAGCAGAUAAUACUUCAAUUUUAAUUGUUUACGUUGAAGAGGGAGAAAAACAAGUAAAUCAAAAAUACCUAAUAUCUCAAGUAGAAGGUGACCAGAUUUCUCUGAAAAAUCUUCCUGAAAUAACGAAUAUUUCUGAAGUCAAAAAGAUAUAUAAAGUGUCUUCACAAGAAGAAAAGAUUGGGACAUUAUUGGGUGGUAUCAUUAGCAGAAUGUCAACAAAAGAUGUUUUAUAAAAUGUUAGAAAUAUUAACAGAAAUUUUCAGCUUUAAAUAAAACAUUGGUUU